GGCCCACGGGAAGAGGAACCUGUUAAUUGUAGUGAGUGACGGCUCGGCUGCGUCACGUGAUAGUCAGCCGCACUCCGGUAGGCCGAUUUGGCGCACGCGCUCUUGGUACUAAUGGCUUGGGGCCCCGCGAGUGGUCGCCGCCGUGCUUGAGGCCGGGGCGUGUGCGGCGCGGGAUCGCGCAGUGUCUGGGGAGCGCGCAGGUGUCAUGAGUUUGUGUCCUAGAGCGUCAGGGAUUUCUCUGACAAGAACCAAGGAAGUGGAGUUUAGUUUCUGCUGCUCUUAUUUAGGGUUACCAUAGUCCUGGUUUCCCCAGACAAAGCCUCUUUUUUGAGCCUGCUUUCCUUGACCCAGCAGAGUUUUCAAAUAACAGCAAAUGUCCUGGAUUUUGCAGAGCAGAGAAGCUGCAGUUCAGAAAGAACCACAAUUGAUCAGCUUCCCAGUUGGUCUAUCCCCUGUAUCCACUGCUGAUUGGGCCAUUCCCCUGCAUCCGCAGCUGACACCUGGUCCUUUCCCCUGCAAGUCACAGCUGCUGAAUCCUGCCCACCCAUGCCCCCUUGCCCUGCUCAGCCCUGGGGAAGGGAUCCCACAGGGAGGUGCUGACUGACUGUCUCUGUGUCCUGGGCUUGUGCCAUCUGCCCUGCCACUGUGACAGGGAGUGACACUGCCUCCCCAUCUCCUGUGAGUACCCCUGCUGCAGGUACUCCCCCUUCGGCUUCCCUUCCCUCUCAUUGCCUCCACCUUCUGCAGUGUCUGCUUGUUGGGAACUUGAAAUAUGGUAACCCUACUCUUCUUCUCAUUCCUGGUGAAGUUUCCUGAAAGUGGUGUGGAUCAUGUUAACUUGGUUUUUACUCUGCUGAAAUGAUGUAACGGAAAUGAUAGCCAAGCCCAACACAGCCAGUAACCUCCCCAGCCAAAAGUUUGUCUUAUCAGAGAGAGCUGCUCAGCCAGUGUGCAGGAGGAGAUCCUCAAGGGAGCAUCUGCAAAAGCUAAAGAAACGAUAGACGGAGGCACUGUUAUGCUUCAUCAGAUAUCAGUGGUCGAUUAAGAAGAUGCCAUUUAUAGUGCCAUUUUAGACUCUCCAGCACUCCUUGGUCCAUAGGCUGCACAAGAGAUGUUACGUUUGGAAGGAGAAAAAAACAGAAGAUUGGGUCAUCUUGGGAGGCAAUGAGUUCAUUUAAGACAGCUUAGAAAUGGCCUUUGCUAAAACAUAUUGUUCAGUGUGGAAAAUGCUGAGAAAAUAUGUCAUUUCAUAGCAGAUUAAUCAAAUGGCUUCAAAAUCCAAUGUGAGGAUUAUGCAGAGAGAAAAUGCUAUCCAUGAUGAGACUGUGCCUGAGUCCACUGUACAGAGUGGCAGCUGUCUGAGGAAUGGCAACUUGCAAACCCCAAGAGGGAAAAGGAAGGUCCAAGAACAGUGUGCACGUGUACGAAGAAAUUCUUCCAGGAGCAGGAGAAGCCCAAGCCAGCCGCAGAAUGGAGAAGUGGUUGAAGCAGUUACAUUGUUUGAAGUGGUCAGCAUGGGCAAGAGGGCAAUGCAGUCUGUGGUGGAUGACUGGGUUGAAGCUUAUAUCCAAGAUCGAGAUGUGGCACUUCUAGAUCUGAUCAACUUCUACAUUCAGUGCUCAGGCUGUCAAGGAAUGGUGACAGCUGAGAUGUUCCAAAGUUUGUGCAACAGUGAUAUCAUGCAAAAAAUGACGGAGACAUUUGAUGAGGAAACAGGAUUGCAAUACAAGAAAUUUAUGGCCUAUCCCUGGAUUCUGACUGUUACUUGGCCAGUGGACAUGGACAAUGGAGACUAUCCACUCAUCAAACCGGGACCCUACUGGAAGAAGUUCAAGGCCAAUUUCUGCGAGUUCACUGCGGUGCUAAUCCAGCAGUGCCAGUACAGCAUCCUCUAUGAUAGUUACUUGAUGGACACUGUCAUCUCACUGCUUACAGGGCUAGCAGACUCCAGGGUCAGAGCAUUCAGGCACACCAGCACUUUAGCAGCGGUGAAGCUUUUGACAGCACUUGUAAGAGUAAAUCUAAAUCUUGAUAUUAGCAAGUGUAAUGCUCAAAGGCUGUAUCAAGUGGAGAAGAACAGGAUUUCUGUCAAGAGGACCAAUCAGAGACUGGAUCAGUUAGAGAGAAAAAGGAAAGAGUAUGAACAGAAACCGCUGGAAAUAGAGAAUAUGAUGAAUGCUAUUUUCAAAGGGACAUUCUUACAGAGAUAUCGUGAUGUGAUUCCUGAGAUCAGGGCUAUCUGCAUUGAAGAAAUUGGCAGCUGGAUGAAAAUGUACCCUGAUGCAUUCUUAAAUGAUAGUUACUUGAAAUAUAUUGGAUGGAUGCUGUAUGAUAAGCAACCUGAAGUGCGGUUGAAGUGUCUUCUGGGACUGCAAGGAAUUUAUGACAGAAAAGAGCUGGUAUCCAGAAUGGAUCUCUUUACUAGCAGAUUCAAGGAUCGAAUUGUGUCCAUGACUCUGGAUAAGGACCAUGAAGUAGCAGUUCAAGCCAUGAAACUCUUGAUGCUUAUGUCACAGAACUGUGAGGACGCGUUAUCAUCUGAAGACUGUGAAACCUUAUUCCAGUUUGUUUAUACCACAUACAGACCUCUAGCAGUAGCAGCUGGGGAAUUCCUUUAUAAAAGGCUGCUUAGUUAUCAGGGAACUGAAGAGGAAGUCCCACCCAAAAGAAGAGGGAAGUUUGGGGCUAAUACCUGCUACAUAAGAAAAUUAAUAACUUUUUUCUUGGAGAGUGAGCUACAUAAACACGUCACGUACCUUGUAGACAGCCUGUGGGAUUGGGCAGGCAGUUUGCUGAAGGACUGGGAGUGCAUGACCACUCUUUUAUUGGAAACUGCUGAAGAAGAAGCAUUGAGUGAUGCCCAGGAAAGUGCCCUCAUUGAAAUAAUCUUAGUGACCAUUCGAGAAGCUGCUGAAGGUCACCCUCCUGUGGGCAGAGGAGCAGCCAAGAAGAUGCUGUCAGCGAAAGAGAAGAAAAUACAAUUGGAAGAUUGUACCAAAAUUACUGAGCACUUUAUUGUGGUGCUUCCUCAGCUCUUGGCAAAGUAUUCAGCAGAUGCUGAAAAAGUGGCGAACCUCCUGCAAAUUCCCCAGUAUUAUGAUUUAGAUGUUUACAGUACUGGACGUCUGGAGAAGCACGUGGAUGCUUUGCUGAGCGUGGUGAAAGGCAUUGUAGCCAAACACUCUGACAUGGAUGUUCUCGAGGCUUGCUCCAGGAUGUAUUAUGUCCUCUGCAAUGAAGAACUGGCCAUACACAGGACGGUGGAUCUUGCCAGAACUCAGCUGAUAGAUGAAUUGGUGGACAAACUUAAUGAGCUGCUGGAUGACUCUUGGCAUGAGGGAGAAGGUCUUUGCACAGAUGAAGAAGGAGUUUGCCGAAUAUAUUCCACUUUGAGAAGAAUAGCAGCUUUUCAUAAUGCUCACAAUCUCACCAAAUGGAAUCUCUAUGGGAAGACUUCAAAGCUGCUGGUUUUUGAGAUGGAGUAUGGGAGUUUACCUGUUCAGAUGAUCCUACCAGCUCUACAGUGCACAUACUUUGCUCUCUUAUGGCAGCUAGCUUCGGUUGUGGAGAGGCCAUCUUCCAAGGAGACUCUUUUGGCAUUGAACAGAGAGUUGAGAUUUUUCUGCCAGAUUUGUGCAUGCUACCUCAGCCAUAAAGAUAAAGAUUUAAGUGAAAAGGCCUUCAUGAUACUUUGUGAUUUACUGAUGAUUGUGAGUCACCAAUCUUCACGUGACGAUGAAGCUUUAGGAGUCCUUCCCAGCGCAUGCCUUCAGUCAAAAAUGCUCUUGUUUAUCCAGGAUCAUGUUUUCACGGAGGAGAAAGAAGAAAUCAAAGACUUGACGGAAGAGGAGGAGAGGGAAAAGGAGAGCUACAAAUUGAAUGAUUUGCACAGGAGGCGGAGUCUUCUUGCAGUCUAUUGCAAGCUAAUUGUGUUUACCGUGGUGGAGAUGUCUGCGGCUGCUGAGAUCUAUAAGCACUAUAUGAAGACCUACAAUGAUUUUGGAGAUAUAAUUAAAGAAACCCUGAGCAGGACGAGGCAUAACAACAAAAUCCAGAGUGCCAGGACGUUGAUUCUCUGCCUGCAGCAGCUGUUUCAGAAACACACAGAAACCCAUGGUAGUACCAAUUGCAUGGAUUCUUCUUUCACGAACAUUAAAGAACUUGCUCGUCGCUUUUCACUGACAUUUGGCUGGGAUCAGGUGAAAUCCAGAGAAUCAGUAGCCAUGAUACACAAAGAAGGGAUUGAAUUUGCCUUUCAAGGAGCUGCUGGAGUGGAAGGGAAAUGCCUGCCUCCAAAUUUAAACUUUCUGUUAAUCAUCAGUGAAUUCUCCAAUAAGCUACUAAAGCCUGACAAAAGAUUAGUGUACAGUUACCUGCAGAGGUAUGUAACAGAGCCAGCAUCUUGCAGAGGAGAUGAAUGGCACCCCUUGGUUUGGUACAGGAACUCUUUGCUGGCAAAUGAAGAGGAGGAGAAUUCUGUUAUCAGCAGUUUAAGAGAAUGGUCACCCACAAGCAGAUCUAAGACAUCUUCUUUUAAGAGAAAACUGUCGAAUGGGUCCCUGCCUGAAACCAGCCACACUGAGACAACAAACAAGACUCCAGACUUCCUGUGCACUCCAGAACUCACUGCUACAGCAGGCAAAAGCCGAAAGAAGUUAAAGUCUCAGGAUACAACUCUCCAAGAAUGUCUGCCAGUCUUUUGUCCAGGGGGACUGAGCAGAAGACAUAGCGAAGAUGUGAUCAAGGCAGAAGACUUCUCAGCAGAUGCUGGAGCAGAAGAUGUAGGUGAAGAAGUGGAUGUUGUUGGCGCAGACCAGGUACAUGAUGGGGUGUAUCAACCCUGCACAUGGCCAAAAGGUGCUGACCAAUCACUGGAGACUAUACCCCCUCACCCCUGUUACACAGGCUCCAGGUGGAGGGGACAGAUAAAAGGACGCAGGGCAGGUCAGUUGAGGAUGGCGGAAGAGAAGGAAGAACGUGUGCUGCUGGCUACUGCAGAAGAACUGUUGACUCACCAGGCUGUUGGGACCGUGGACUCAGACUAUGCUGCUGACUAGCUGGCCAUGGAGCCUGACCAGGAUGCUGAGCCGCUGCCAGCUGAGGAUAUGCUCGAGCUGGACUUUAUGGUAGAAAGUGACCCAAGGAAUGUGUUGGGAACUGUGGUUUGAACCCUUAAUAUGGAGUUUACCGGCUUCACAGGGCCCCAGGUUGGAACCUGGUGGAGUAGGAUGGGCCUGGGUUUCCCUAAACCCACACUGACCAGUAGGAGUGGGUACCAGGGACUCCUGAUUUAGACUGAUUGUUCACUCUGUCCUGCCCAGAGGGUCAGAGCCUCUGACUGUCCUUAACAGUUGAGUCCUGUUAAGAGGGCCAAGAAGGGGAGCACUUGAUGAUAAAACUCCAUGGCCAGUAUGGAUACCAAAAUGGGUGCUGGAAAACCAGCAGCAGGCAACCCAACAACAGGCGCAGCUGCUGCAGCAGAUGGCCAAGCAGCAACAACAACAUGGCCCAGCACCAAGAACAGCAGUUCAAGGAGUUAGCAGCACAGCACCAAAUCCAACAGAAGCGCCUGGUUCAGCAGAUGGUGGUGCUCUUACAACUAUCUGGGCUGCCCAGCGCCACUGCGUCGGACAGAGAACACUUGUCAGGGUUACCGUGAGACUUGCCAACAUUGGGCUUGAGGAUGACACAGAGGCCUUCUUGGUCAUGUUUGAGUGAGUCACCACCAUGGUUUGCUGGCUCCUGAGCACUGGGCUACCCUAGUGGCCCCAUACUUGACCAGGACCGCACAGACCACCUACCAGAACCCUAAACCCUACUGAUGCACUCGAUUAAGCCAAAGUGAAGGCAGUCAUCUUGGACCACACCGGAGUUAACCCCAAGACAGUCCAUCAGCAAUUUCGAAGGGAGAGAUACCUUCCCCAGAGUUUGACCUCAGGCAGUGGCUCAGCGAUUUGGGGACUACUGCUGGCUAUGGUUGGACCUGGAGAAGCUGAUGGGAACGUGAAUGUCAGAGGCUGUCAUCGUGAAACAGUUUACGCAGAUCCAUCCCCCUGUGGGGAAGGAGUUUAUACAUCGACCCCAUCUGAUGACUCUUGUGGAAGCAGUCUCUCUGAUGGAAGAUUAGUUAGCCGCAGAGGGUCCUGGACUACAGGCACCUAAAUCUGGGAGUUGUAGGAGGGACCCAUACAAGAGACAGUACAAAUCCAAAAAAGGAUUAGAUCUGGGCUGCGUAUAGUAGCCCCAAACCCUGGAGCUGCCCGGAACCCCAGCAUGAGACCCUGGGAGGGGGAAACCACACCUGGCAGGCCUGGACCAUCACGACACAACCCUGCAAUGGAGACAACGAGGGACAGAUGUUCUGAGUGUGGCCAGGAGGAUCACUUCAGAUGCGAUUGCUCCUUUAUGGAUUGUAACAAUGGCCAAAGCCCAGGCCCAUGGACCCGGAAGAGAGCCUGCCCGAACUUCUGAUCAUUGUGCUGGUCAACUCAGGGUACAGCCAGACAUCAUACAGGCCAACCUAGGGAAGUCACUGGACUGGACAGAGGCUCCUGUAUAUCUCCAGUGCAUGGGGAUGUAUGGUCAUACCUGCCACUAAGAUAAAGCCGGACAUUGACUAUCACAAGGAAACGUGCCUGGUCGGUCUGGCCAGGACAGUAGCAUAAACCAUGAUCCUGGGAUGGGACUGGCAAUGGUUUGGGAAGGUCAUGCAUGAGUAGGGAGACCAAAUGUCAGCGGAAACAAAUCAGAGAUCACAUUUGAGGGGGCUCCUAGGCCAAAAGGAGACUGGAGGGAGAGCCCCCUGACCAAUUGAAAGGCCCUGAAUCAUACUCCGUCGAGACAGUGGUGCCAGAGGAAGUCAGGAUCAAGUGGCUAAUUGUUGAAGGAGAUUUUAUGAGGGAGUAGAGAGAAGACCCCACGUUGAGUCGUGCAUAGGAACAAGUGACCAACCCCGAGGAGGAGGGGGGCACCAACCGUUACCCCAAGGGCUCUGCUUCAAGGUCCACAAUGACCAUUUAUACUAGAUAACCUGUGAUCAACAAACCCAAGAGUUAUUCCAACAGCUGCAGCUAUCUGAGAGGUUCUGAUGAGGUCUGCUGCAGCUAGCCCACUCAUUGCCCUGGGCCAGACAUCUGGGACAAGAGAAGACUUUACACAGAAUGGCCCUUAGAUUCUUUUGGCCUGGCAUUCACAAGAAGGUGAGUGAUUUUUGUGCUUCAUGUCCAGAAUGUCAAUGUGCUGGCCCUAAAUGAAUUCCCAAGGGCACCCCGAAUCUGGCUCCCAGUGGUGGGAGUGCCCUUUGGGAGGAUCAGUAUGGGCCUGCUGGGACCUCUGGAGAAAAGUGGGUCAGGGUUCCACCACAUAUUGGUAAUGGUAGACUUCGUGACUCUUGACCGCAGCAGCAUGGCUUUGGGGUAAACUACCACACCAUAGCAAUGGGACUUCUGAAAAUAUUUGCCUUGGCCGUGGUAUUGAGGGAGAUACUAACAUACCAGGGAAUCAACUUUUCAUUGCAAUAAAUAGCGGCUUUGUGCAGGCUGUUGAACAUUUGUUCCCUGAAGAUCUCCGUCUACCACCCACAAACUGAUGGUUUAGUAGAAAGGUUUAACAAGACUUUGAAAUCUGUUCUCCAUAAGUUCAUCGAUGAUGACCUGUGAUACCGGGACAAACUGCUACCUGCGUUGUAGUUCGUGGAAGGUGCCCCAAGUAUGUACAGGAUUUUCUCCAUUUGAACUGCUAUACGGGAGGCAACUCAGAGGGAUCUAGACCUCCUCUGAGAGACCUUGGAGGAGGAGUAGUCUCAGAUCAGAGGGUUGGUCCUGUAGAUAUUACAGAAGGCUCAGAGGAUUGGCUCACAAAAACUUGAUAAAACCCAUCAGACCGAGGAGCAAUGAUACAACUGAGGGACCCAUCUCUGGCUCUCAGAACCUGAGUACUAUUGUUGCUCUCCAAGUCCAAGCUCUGGGCCAAAUGGCAGGGAACAUUUGAGGUGACCCAAAGAGUUGGGCCGGUAGACUAUGAAGUUCUCUUACCCGGGUGAUGACAAAGCACUCGAGUCUACCAUGUCAACCUCUUAAUGGCCUGAAAGGCCCAAGAGGGCUUAUUGAUCAUCCCCCACGCCUCCAAACCAGAAUUGGGGCCAAUACUGUUGGCCUCCUCCUCCUCCCCCCCCCGCCCCCGAGUCAACAAUGCUUAGUGGAGAGCAACAGCAGCAGCUGCAACACUUAGUCCAGUCCUCCCCAGCUGUUCUAUUGUCUUACCCUGGAUGGACGAAUCUGACCCACCACCACAUAGUUCUGACAUCAAGCUUGCAUCCUAUACAAUGUUUUUUUUACUAACGUGACUUAUUUGAACAUUUUUGUUUACAUGGAGUUGAGGAGGAGCAGAUGGGAGAAAUGAAAGAUUAAAACUAUGUUGCCAUUUUCUAUGCAAGCUGGACAUCUGUUUAGUUGAAAAAACUUUUUUCGUCUUUGAACGAUGGUCCCUGCAUGUAUUCUAAGUGUGGGGGUGCGCAUGUGCCACCAGCUGUCUGAGCUGGAAGGUUUUAUUAGCAGUGUUCAUGGAACCGCCCAUGUGUCGUGCAUCCCCUUGUGCUGGUAGCUGAGCAUAUGAUAGGUUGUGCAGGUUGAUGGGUCUCCAGCUCCCACUUAUCACAGCAUGGCCCAAGUUGGCACCUCACAGGCGUAUUGGAACCUGUAUAGAGGUGGUGGGGUUCCUGGCACCAGAACUGUGGCUCUGCCCCUGCUCUUCGCCCCAGGGCCCUGUUGCCCUGUGCCUCCUCUUCCCCCUGCGGCCCUGUCCCCUGGCCAGCCUUGACGCCAGAGCCAGCUGUGGUGGUGGGACCCUAUUCCCCCUUCUUGCCACAGAGCUGGUCUGAGCCCAUCCUCCCCUGUACAAGGCUGGCCUGAGCCUCACUGUCCCUGUUUGGCAAAACUGGACUUUCUCUCAUUUGUUUUUGCCAAUUAAUGAUGGGUUACUAGAUAGAGACUCAUCUUCUGAGCUGAAGAGUGGGUCAUACUCCUGUCAUCCAAGGAGUUGCUCCCACCACUCUCGCAGACACUCCUACUUCAUCUAGGCACAGGGGUGCCAUUGAGUGCUUGGCCUAAAGGUCAUUGGGGACCUAUGCCAAUGGAGUGGCCCUGUGGGAAUACAUGGGGUUCCCCCCAAUUUUGGGGUCCUAAAGACACUCCAGUUCAGUGGCCUCCAAAAGAAGAGGACCACUACCCCAUUGGCCAGCACCUGAUCCAAACUCCAGUACCAAACCCAGUGCCAAAUUUCAAGAACCAAUCCUGCCAACUGAGAAAGGGUAUUCACCCUUAUCAUGGUCCAAAGGAUAGAGUUCAUUGGUGAGGUACUUGAUUCUGUCAAAUUAGUUCUGCUCAAUUACAUCCCUGAUAAGGUCCCUGCAAGCGCAUCUGAUCAUAACUAAACAAGAGUCCAAGUCUCCUGGUCACAUGGCGUCAUGCACAUAUGUAGUGCAACAUGCAAGGUUAUGUCUCAGACCUCUCCAAGCCUAGGUAGCCAUGGUAUACUCCCCUUCACCUGGAUCCACUGCUUAUGGUUCCGGCCCAGGUCUUCAGCUCACUGACAUGGUGUCUGGACAGCUACAUGGUAUGUGCAGGGAUACGCUUCUCAAAACCACAGUUAUCCUUGUCCUUGGUAUCUGGCCUAUCAGCCCUUAGCUGAGGUCCCAGAUACUAAGGACAAGGACAGUUGAGGCCACAUGCAAAUAGGGAAGAGCAAUGUCUUCACUUAUUGAUUGUUAAACAAGCCCUAGUAUCUACAUAGAAAAGGCCAUAGACUAUUCCGUAAAUCCACCCAGCUGUUCAUAGCUGAGAGGAUGAAGGGUCUCCCUAUGCCUGCUCAGAGAAUUUUGUCCUGGAUUACAUCAUGCAUUCGCCCAUGUUAUGAUCAGGUUGGUGUUCCGCCACCAGUUAACCUGACUGCUCAUUCCAUGAGGUCGCAAGCACCAUCAGUGGCAUUCCUAGCACAGAUCCCUAUUCAAGACAUUUGCAAAGCAGUAACUUGGUCUUCAGUACACAUUCUCUUCUCACUAUGCCAUCACUCAGUCAGGGACAAUGCUAAAUUUGGUCGAGCUGUUUUGCAGUCAGCAUGUUCAUGAGUUCCAAUCCCACCACCUAUGCAACUUCUUGGGAGUCACCUACAGUGGAAUGCGUAUGUGCAGUCACUCGAAGAAGAAGAAGAAACAGUUACUAAUCUUCUGUAACUACUGUUCUUUGAGAUGUGUUGCACAUUUCCAUUCCAUGACCUGUCCUCUUACUCUUCUACAUCAGAGUUGGACAGAAAGAAGGAAAUAAGGAUUGUGGGGUCAGCAGGAUGCUUUACACUGGUGCUAUGAGUGCAUGGCACGAGAGGGUGUUUGAGCUGCCCCAAUGGGUGCUGCUAAGGGAAAAAUGUCCAGCGACGGUGCUUGGGGCAUGCAUACAUCUACAGUGGAAUAGAUAUGUGCAACACAUCUUGAAGGAUAACAGUUUCAGGUUAAUGUCCAUUUUUUUAAACCUGUCAAGACUAAUAAGCAUCCUCCCAUGGCGUUCCAUGUUUUUGGGGGCCAUCUUGCCCUAUUUGCCCACAAUUUGGGCAAGAUCACCAUGGACUGUUGGGUACUGGAGGUCAUCCACCACGAAUGCACCUUAGAAUUUCUCUCUUGCCCACAUCAGCCCUUUCUCUCACCAGCCUCAGUGGAUCCUUCCCAGCAGUGCAUUCUCCAGCAAGAAGCAGACUUCCUUCUCAUGAAGGGAGCCAUAGAGCAAAUACCACCUCUCUACCUGGGAAGAGGCUUCUGUUCUCCAUACUUCCACAUCCCAAAGGGCAGACACACUGUCUUAUUCUUGACCUUUGACUACUGAACAUCUUUAUCAGGAAAUCCAAAUUCCGCAUGGUGAUGCUGGCAUUGUUUAUCCCCUCUUUCCCUCAGAGGACCUGGUUCAUGGCUCUCGACAUGAAGGAUGCCUACGUCCAUAUUGACAUUGAUCCAGUCCACUGGAAAUUUCUCUGUUUCCAGGUAAGAAACCACCAUUACUAACUCUGGAUCAUCCCUUUCUGCAUAGCGGCAGCUUGCCGGGUCUUCGCAAAGGUCCUCACUGUUGUCGUGGCACAGAUACACUGCCUCUGUUACUAGUGUACCCCUACCGGGAUGACUGGCUCCUUGUUGUGCUAUCGUGACAAGAACUUAUCACUGCCAUCCUAGCCCUUCGCGCAGUCCUGAUGUUUUUAGGUAUUUACAUCAACAAGGAGAAGUUGGUGCUCAUAUCUACACAGAUGACCAACUUUAUUCGGGCACAGCUUGACUCCAUCACAGCACGAGCCUGCCUUCUGGCAGACCACUUUGCAAUGCUGAGGGCCAUAAUUACAGACUUACGCCACAAUCCAUGCAUCAUGGUUCGCUGUUCUCUCCCCCUCCUUGGACAUAUGGCAGCCUGUACCUCCGUGACACCGUGUGCACAUCUGCACUUGCGUUGCUUCCAAAUGUAGCUCCUCUCCAUCUACAGUCCCAGCAAGGACUGCUUGGAGGCCAGACUCAUUGUGCUGCAGUGCUGGCCUCCCUCGCCUGGUAGACCAACCCUUCCAACGUCAUGGUCGGUACCCCCUUCACCCUUCCUACCCCACAUGCCAGCAUCACCACAGAUGCCUCCUUUGCGAGUUAGGGGCACACCUGGACCAUCACACAGCCCAGGGCAUCUGGAUGCCUCGAGAGGUCAGGAUUCAUAUAAACAUGCUAGAACUGAGGCCAGUCCAUUUGAUUUGCCAGGCAUUUCCUCUCCUCCACUUAUGCCACGUUCAGUUGCUCUCCGACAACAUUGCAGCAGUUGUGUACAUCAAAAAGCAGGGUGGCACCAAUCUCUCUCCCUCUGCUCUGAGUCCAUCCACCUGUGGAACUGGUGCAUCAAACACCACCUAACACUUCAAGCCACCUAUCUCCCAGGCACUCAAAAUUCCCUGGCCGACACACUCAGCAGGACUCUCUACCUCAAUGAUGACUGGGAGCUACAUGAUGGCAUAUUCCAAUAUCUCUUCCACCAAUGGGGCAUCCCGUGCUGGGAUCUCUUUGCCACCCACAAGAACUGCAAGCUGCCCCUUUAUUAUUCCAGGGAAGCCUUAGGGAAGGAUUUGCAGGGUGAUACACUUCUCCUCCCCUGGUCAGAUGACCUCAGCUAUGCCUUUCCCCCCAUUCCCCUCCUUCUGUAAGUACUACACAAGGUCCACCAGGACUGAGCUUCCAUAAUAUCCAUAUCCCUGUUCUGGCCCCAUCAAUUUUUGUUUAGAGACCUCUCCACCCAUAGACCACUCUGCCUUUGUCUGCUGCCAGAUCUACUCUCACAAUCGGAGGACAAUCCACCAUCCCAAUCUGGAUGGGGGUACUCCACCCUGGUUUGGCAAAUCCUUACUCAGAGCAGGAGAGUAUCCACCAGAGCAUGCUACCAAGCUAAAUGGAAACACUUCACCUCGUGGGCAACCUACAUCACCACCGAGUGCAAUAUCCAUACCUCUUAUCAUUGACUACCUUCUCAAUCUCAUUCUACAGCCACAUAAAUAAGAAAACAAAAAGAAAGAAGAAGUGGGGCUGCUAUACACUGAGGAUGGA